AUGAUUGCAGAGAUCCAUGAGGUUAGGCCAGAGAGGUUCAACAGUGCACUCAAGUCACAUCUCAAGUCAUCGUUCAGCAAUAAGAUAAUUCCCAUCAAGGACCACGACAUCAUGAAGACAGGCACAGGCAAACAGCAGGCGCCCAGUGAGGACACCUGGUACUUAACAAGAGUUGCAUCCGUUAUGAGAAAGAUCUCUAUAAUGGGAUCAGUGACAUCCGAACAGCUUGCACAGAUAUACGGCUGCAUGAAAAACAGAGGAUGCAGGCCAGACAAGUUUGCCCCGGCAUUCAAGGAGAUAGGAGACUCAGUCCUUGAAAACUUGAAAAACAUAGGAUGGAUUGCCUUCAACAAUAAUUCAGAGGCUGUACUGACUGAGCAAGGGAAAACUGUUGUCAAGGAGAUCAUUCAAAAGGUCCGUGAAUAA